AUGAAAGCUGUUCUACAACGAGUCACCUCCGCCUCAGUCACUGUCGAUAAGAAGCUCGUUUCCUCCAUUGGCAGAGGAAUCCUAGUGUUUGCCGCUGUCGGCCCAGAUGAUACCCACAAAGAUGCAGAGUCCCUUGCGGCAAAGGUUCUCAAGCUAAAGAUAUGGCCAGAUGAGGCGGGCGGGACGUGGAAGAAGAGCGUUCAAGAUAUACAGGGAGAGGUCCUAUGCGUGUCCCAGUUCACACUCCUUGCCCAGAUCAAAAAGGGCAACAAACCAGACUUCCACAACGCCGCAGAUGCGACCAAGGCUAAGGAAUUGUAUGAGCAUUUCUACAACAAAGUACGGGAGCUCUACAAUGUCGAGCGCGUUAAGAACGGCGUCUUCCAGGCGAUGAUGGAAGUGGGACUCGUCAACGAUGGACCGGUUACGAUUCAGAUUGAUACCACGUUGCCUAAGAAGGAACAGAAGAAACCCGGAAAUGGGAACGGGAAUGGGAAUGGUAAUGGUAACGGCCAGUCGAGUGAUUCAAAUACGCGGCAAUCUGAGCAAGACGGGGUGGGGAAGAAGGGCGCAGAUGGGGGACAGAACUACGAACUCAAGCUUCCGACGUCGUUGCUAGAAUAA